GCCACGGGAUGAAUUUUCUCCUAACACUUCUUCUACUCAAUACCGCCUUUUCGUGGUCAAGUUGCGUUUCCGUUGAGUUUGAGGACAUGUCCGUGGACCACUGGGAACUGCUGAUCGGGGCAAGUUCAAAGGAGCUACAUUACGACUUUUGCAAGUAUAACGCGACAAGUAAUGGAAAACAGUGCAAAAGUUUUCCAAAGAUCGCCUCAAUAGACAUUAGGGAGGCGUGCAAAUGCUCCGUCGAAUACAACAAAACCGAAGCUGGCUCCUUCACUUUCAGCGUCAUCUGCAACAGCAAUUCAAGUUGGUGCCCCAAGAAUCUAAUCCUUCAAUACCAGCAAGGCUCCAUUGAGAAACCAUCAGCGGCCAAAGAAAUUUCAGGAACUUCCAUCAUUUUGGUCCUGUCCCUUACAGCCAACGUUUGUUUGAUAAUUGGAGGAGUGUUUGUCAAGUACCGAUACCGAGUGCAUUCUUAUUGCACGGAAAAGUGGCGGCAAUACGUCAACAGCUCUCCAAACGAACAAAACCACGAAGCAGCUGAAGAGGCGGUCGCUUUCCAGUCUGCAAGUCUUUCUUUCGUCCAACCACCUCACACUUGAAAUCUUGGUUUUUGACCUGAUUAGUGCUAGCCGUGUGACACGAGUUUUUAAUGACCUCUUCUAAAUAGACUUUGAAUAAUUUUGAUUGUUUAUAUUUGAGGCCACAUUAAUUUAUUUUUACUGGAAAUUUGAGAUCGAGCGGAGGGAAAACUCGGGUAUAAAUAAAGGAACCGCAAGUGCGCGUCUUUCUCGCGCACACAGAUUCGUUCUCCUGACGACGCGUGUGCGUGUGAGAGGGUCGUGCCUUUAUUGAUACCCGAGUUUCUUCCUCCACUCGAUCUCCUCUGUGGGCGCCCGAAAAUUCACGUCGUUAUUUACAUAUCGGCACACGACAAUUAUUAAUGCAAUCGUAAUAUCGUCAGGUAAAACCCUGACACCUCACUUGGGGUUUGGUAUUUUUUUAAUUUUACAUACAAAUAAUAAUUAACUCUAAAUGAAUGUGUUAAGCUUUGUGUUUGUGUACAUGUGAGCUUUUUGAACGUAAUUUAUAGACUAGACAUUAUUUCUAAUUGAAUCACAGUUAAUUUAAAAACAACAUUGUUUUUUAAAUGAAGCACGGAAAAGAUCUUUGAUUUUAUUAGAUUAGAUGAGAUAUUUUAUUUGUUUGAGAAAAUAUUUACAUUGCUGACUCAUUAAAGAGGAAUUGAUUUAUACUUCAAAAUCUUAGAAAAUCCUUGCUGCCAAUGUACGACUCAUCCCUUAUUUUAGGAUUCAUUUGAAACCAAAAUUGACCUAAUGAGCGUGAUUUUUCACUAUCUCCGUGCUCGAUAUCCCAUUUUAUUUCACAAAAAAUAGUUUUCUUAGAAGACUUCAUACGCUGUAGGAUAUAUUUCGACGAGAGAAUUAAAUUUUUGAGAAAAUUUGAAUUUUUACUGUAGCAAUGUCCUUUUUAUAUAUUGCAAAUUCUAGUAAAUAAAAAUCUUUAUUGCAUUUAUUA